AUGCCAAGCGGUACGGGCAAGGACGUUGCAAAUGGCGGCAACUCGGUGGAGGAGAAGAACAGGGUCGCCUUGGUGGCCGUCUCGUCUUCCCUGAGCUACUCCUUCUGCUCGGUCUCGAUGGUCAUGUCUAACAAGCUGUUAGCGUUCACCUAUAAAUCAGACAUGGCGUUUCUCGUGGUGGUGGGGCAAUGCUUGGUGGCGACGAUUCUGGUGGAAGCCGUCCGACGUAUGGGAUACGCGUCCUAUGACCCCUUCAACUUCUCCACCGCCCGGCGAUGGCUGCCAGUGAGCAUAUGCUUCAGCGCCAUGCUGUUCACGAGCUUCAAGGCUCUGGAAGUCAUGAACGUUCCCAUGGUAACGGUGUUCAAGAACCUGACGAAUAUUGUCAUCGUCACGGGAGACUGGUGGUUCUUUCAGCAGGCAGCAUCGUGGUUGGUGAUGUUCAGCAUGGCCGUCAUGGUCUUCGGUGCUCUCUUUGCGUCGUACAACGACCUCGAUUUCAACCCGUGGGGGUAUUUCUGGAUGGUGGCGAAUUGCUGCACGACGGCGGGCUAUGUGUUGUACAUGAAGCACGCGACGAAGUCCAUCAAGCUCCCGAGGUUCGGCAUGGUGUUUUACAACAACCUCCUGACGACUUGCCUCCUCACCCCGGCGGCGUUCAUGAUGGGUGACUUCACGAUCUUCUGGACCACACCGCAGCUUCGCACCGUCACGUACAUGACCGCUCUCCUGUUCUCAGGUGUUGUGGGGGUAUUGCUGAACUUUGCAUCCUUGUGGUGCGUCGGGGCGACCUCUGCCACCACCUACGCCGUGGUGGGAUCGGUCAACGUGAUUCCGACGGCGCUUUUGGGGUAUCAGCUGUUCGAUAGCGCGAUUAGCACACAGAUGGGAGAGUUCAUGUUGGUGAGCAUGAUAGGCGGCUUCAUGUACUCCUUUGCGAAGCUUCAGGAAAAGCGAAGUUUGGAGCGGACACGCCCACCGGUGAUGCCCCUGCCAUCUCCGACGUCGGCACUGGAGUCGCACAUGUCAAAAGCAGAGAAGCUCUUGCUUGAACCAACCACAAAAGCGGACCAAACGGCGGAUCACAACGCCUAAGAAGUCUCAAGAAAUUUGAAGUGGAGGCGCCUCCCCGCUGCCACACGACCAUGUGUCUGGGGAGAAGCCGAGGUGGCAUUUUCGACGAUUCGACCCGGUCGAGCUGUGGUUGCGGUGGAGGGCCCGGAAGACGAGGCAUCUCCAUUCGGGAGAGCAUGAGCGCAAGAGAACAAAGGUGCCACAUGUAUGCAUAAGCUUUGGUGCCAAUGCCGACAUUUCUUAAGCGGUUUCUCCACACCGCAUGCCGACAUCGGCUGAUUGCGUAGCGGAAACUACAGGUGAAAAACAUGUUCAAUUAUGCAAGUUGGCGGGUGCAGCAGUCGGGUAGCCGCAGGUGGGACCGUGCAUGUAGACGAAACGUGGCGUGAGUGUGUGUGUCGUUUAGGUGGCGUGUUUUGCUUUGAUUUACCGGGGGGGGGGUCGGAUCGGAACGGGGCUGUUGUUUUUGUUGUCGUUUGUGGUUGGUCGGUCUUUCACCCUUCCCUGCCCCCACCCUUGUCUUGAUUUCAUGUUUCUUUAAUCGGGAAGGUACAGUGAGCUCUGGUCGGUGAAUGGUUGGCCGAAACGCCCAGCGUUGAUGUAUGUUCACUCCCCUAGUCGCUCUCGGUUACCUUGGUAUCUAUACUUUGUCUAGGGAUGAGGCGUGGGAGGGGGUGAGGGAAGGUCGUCAAUUCAUUGCCGAACUGGGAUGAUGUUCGGUAGCCACGCGUGCAUGGCUCGCCGAAUGGGUGCGCUGUUGUAUGUGGUAUUCUAGUCUUCUGUGUUAUCUGUCACUUGUCCUUGUCGUAAGCUAUGAGGUUGUCUUGUCCUUGUCGUCUGAUUAACAGCUGGCUCUGUGCUGACCCUUGUCUUGAUGGUGUGAUGCGUCACGUGAUGACCAUGCCACUUCAUUCCCAUAUGCCCCCCUGCGGUCUAAGUUGGCUCCGGGAGCUCAGGGGUGGGCCCGCUAGGCUGCUGAGCGUUUGUUUCUUCUCUUGUGUCUAGUUUGUGUUCAGAAGGGUGUUCGGUGGUUGUCGAUUACAACAUGAUGAAUGGUUCGGUGCCUUUGGAAGCGGACUUUGGGAUGCGUUCAAUGGCACACGUUUCGACCGGCCUGGGCAAUGAAUGACACGAUAGGCGUAGACCGAAAAUCAGCAUAUUCCUCUGAUCACUUCUUGCUCAUUAGAACAUUGUGGAUCGACAACCUGACACUGGGAAAGCUAACGUAGGGUCCAACCGUUAGCUGGUUGCUGUGCUUUUUUGUAUUUGUUGCGAGGGUUGGGAUCGCCCGUGUAGACUAUUUCUGUUAUUCUUGUCCGUGGCGAUGGGUCGUUUUUGGGGGCGGUUAGGGUGCUGGACCGAAUUUUGCUGAGAAGCCUCCAUGAUGCAAGAUCCGUAAGUUAUUGCCAACCCUCACAUUCAAUCGCUGAUCGUCUGUGACCUGCCUUGGCGUGUGCCCUUCGGCGAUUUAUGGUUGGGCAAGGCCUAUCGAGCUUGCCCGUGGCACCCGAUGUUGUUGUUGGAGCUUCUUGCCCCUUCCUGUCAUGUCGCUUGGUGUGCCUGGCUGCUCUGUCUUGCCUGCUGCGUUGGUAUCCCGACCUCUGCUGUUGCAGGCGCCUGCUGCCGUGUAUGUGUUUGUUGUAUUGGCAGUCAACGGUUUGAUGCUGGUGCUGGAUGUCCGCAGGCAGUUCUUCGUUCUUCUUAGGGAAGGGAAGGGAAGGGUGUGAGGGGUAGCGGUGCCAAUGAAUUGCAGACUUGGAGUAUCAUUUCGGUGCCCGCCCGGACGAGACUGUACGGGCAUGCAUUCUUUGAGCGAUCUCUUCUAUUGAACCGCUUGAGGUGUGAUUCAGGCUCUUCAGCGCCUACGCUAGGUAGGAUCAAUCGUAGGUAUGCACCUGUUUUGCAUCCCGGUGAACGUUCCGUUCCGCUAUACGUAUUCGGUUUGAAGAGACCAAUUUUUUCGACGCACGCAUGUACAUGGGUUCGAUUGGGGUGUGCACGGGACGCGUGUUCUCUCGAUCGCUGCGUGUAGCCUGAGCUAAAGAAGAUUGGUGACGGUUGCUUGAUUUAGUCACUCACGGUAUGUAAAGUAUGACA